GCGGUGGCGGGAUGGGGCGGUGCGGGGCCACCCUGAGCCUGGCCCUGGAGGGGAACAUCGCCGUGGGGAAAUCGACCUUCCUGAGGCUGCUGGGUGCCACCUUCCCGGGGUGGCACCUGGUGCCCGAGCCGGUGGCACAGUGGCGGAAGGUGCCGGCCGCCGGCACCGCUCAGGCGGCCGUGGGCUCCGCCAACCUGCUGAGGAUGAUGUACCAGGAGCCGGCCCGCUGGUCCUACACCUUCCAGACCUUCUCCUGCAUCAGCCGGCUGAAGGCGAUGCUGGAGCCGCCGGAGCAGGAGCCCCCCGAGACCCCCCACCCCGUGAGGGUCUUUGAGCGCUCUGUGUUCAGUGACAGGUACGUUUUUGCCAAGAACCUCUUUGAGGCCGGGCACCUGCAGCCCCUGGAAUGGGCCAUUUACCAGGACUGGCACGACUUUCUGCUGCGGCACCUGGGGCCCCGCGCCGCCCUCCACGGCUUCCUCUACCUGCAGGCCAGCCCCCAGACGUGCCUGGAGCGGCUGCGGCGCAGGGCGAGGAGCGAGGAGGGCGGGAUCCAGCUGAGCUACCUGCAGCAGCUCCACGGGCAGCACCAGCGCUGGCUGGUGGACAGGAGCACGGAGAUUCACUUUGAGGGUGCGCGGAGAGCGCCCAUCCUGGUGCUGGAUGUGGACGAGGACUUCGAGCAGGACGUGGCGGUGCAGGGCGGGCUCAUGGCACAGGUGGAGGCCUUUGUCACAUCCCUGCGAGCCGAGGCUUUCCCGUCACAUCCCGACCCUCUGGGAGCCGGGGAAGGGGCAGCGUCCGCCUGAGGAUCCCGACCCGAGGACGAGGGACACGUCCUGGUCCCCUCAGCCCGGCUGUCCCUGGCCAGGGCUGGAUUUGAGGAGGAUUUUGGGGGGGCAGGGGGGCUCCCCGUGCUCAGGGGACCAGGUCCUUGCCGUGACCCCCUCCCCAUCUUCCGGGACCCCCAGCUGGGGACGCUCCCUGGGCUGGAUUUCCUGCGCUGGAUGAAUUCCGAUGGAAAAUCCCCGUUUUUAGGUGACGCCCAACCCCCGUGUUUUGUUAUUUUGUAUUUAAU